AUGCCUUCCCUCAACACCAACCAAUACCACUUCUGCCCAGAGAGACGAAUCCCCUCCCACAUCACCGCCGCCGCCACACGCUGCCAAUCCCCACACUCCACCACGCCUUCUUCCUGUCCCGAUUCCCGGACGGGCGUCGACACUGCCAACGUCAAGAUUAUGUCCAUGAAUCCCUUCUGCGAGAUUGCCGUGGAGGAGGCGCUGCGGCUCCGCGAGGCCGGCGCCGCCUCCGAGGUCGUCGCCGCCACCGUCGGUCCCGCGCAGGUCGCCGACACGCUCCGCACCGCGCUCGCCAUGGGCGCCGACCGCGCCGUCCAUGUCCUCCACGACCCCGACCCCGACGCCGCCCGCCCGCUCCUCCCGCUCGCCGUCGCCAAGAUCCUCCGCGCCCUCGCGCUCCAGGAGACCCCCGGCCUCCUCAUCCUCGGCAAGCAGUGUAGAAAUGGGCAGUUAGAAAGCAGUUUGUGA